AUGUUCCGUUCCGCUCUUAUCAAGUCUAUUAGAACCCCUGUCUUGAGAUUUUCCCUCCCUAAGGCUUCUCCAGCUGUUUUCAUCAAUAGCUACAGACUCAAGACCCAAUUUCAACCUAUACAAAAUGUUAGAUUGUACUCUCACGCCCCAGAAUUGACCAAAGAAAUCAUUACUGAAAGAGUUAUUGAAUUGUUGGAAGGUUUCGACAAGAUCGAAGACAAAUCAAAAAUCACAGCUGAAGCUCACUUCUCUAAGGACUUGAACCUUGAUUCUUUGGAUAUUGUUGAAGUUGUUAUGGCUCUUGAAGAAGAAUUUUCUAUCAGUGUUGGUGAUGAAGAAGCUGAUACCAUUAAAAGUGUCCAACAGGCCAUUGAUUUGAUCGCUGCUCAACCAGAUUCCGCAUAA